UGUGAACUUUUGCAACCCUCCGAUUGUCAAAAGUAAAUAAAGUAUUUUCAGACAAAAAUUAAUAUUUUACAAUAUUCAACAUUUUUUUGCUAAUAUUUAUCAAUCUGCACAUAAACUCAAAUGAAUUAUUACUUUUCUACCUUGCAAUACGUCUUUGUUAUUUAGUGGUGUCGUUUUACAGUGUCGUUUAUGAAAUAAGUUUUACGUAAAUUUUAAAUAUUUAUUCCACAAUGCACAAUGUACGCUUUAUCACAGGUUUUCCUGCUUUAUUUAAUUAAUAAAAUGCAAGACUUCUUAAUAUAAUAUCAAUUGGUGUUCAUUUACUGUGUAUAAUCCUUGUGAAUUGCGAGUGUCGUCUCAGGGCGUAACCUUCGAAUUCGCGUUGAAGGCUGUGCUUAAAAUGAUAUCUUUUACCCUUUGCUGAAAAGUGAAUAUAAAUUUGUGAAAAUGGCUGAUGACGAAGUCCUUUUUGACGAUGUGUACGAACUGUGCGAGAUUAUUGGCAAGGGACCAUUCAGCUUAGUCCGACGCUGUGUACAUCGGCAGACCGGUCAGCAGUUUGCAGUGAAGAUUGUUGACGUUGCCCGUUUCACAGCUAGCCCUGGACUUAGCACUGCAGAUUUGAAGCGCGAGGCGACAAUAUGUCACAUGUUGAAACAUCCGCAUAUUGUGGAGCUGCUCGAGACCUACAGCUCCGAGGGAAUGCUGUACAUGGUCUUCGAAUAUAUGGAUGGAUCUGAUUUAUGCUUCGAAGUCGUCCGUCGGGCCAGCGCUGGUUUCGUCUACAGUGAAGCUGUGGCUUGCCACUACAUGCGCCAAAUCCUGGAAGCGCUUCGCUAUUGCCACGAGAACGAUAUAGUCCACCGGGAUGUGCGCCCGCACUGCGUCCUACUGGCCGGCAGGGAUAACUGCGCGCCCGUCAAGCUGGGCGGGUUCGGUGUGGCCGCUCAGCUGCCGACGCCUAGUUCACAUCGCGCUCCACCUGAAUUGGUGAUGGACAAUCGGCCACUAAUGGGCCCUAUGGGUCAAGCAUAUCUGAAAUCAGACGAGUACGGUCGCAUUGGAACCCCCCACUAUAUGGCCCCAGAAGUGGUUUCAAGUCAGCUGUAUGGGAAACCUGUGGAUGUUUGGGCUGCGGGCAUCCUUCUCCAUGUGUUACUGGUCGGAUAUCUGCCUUUUACGGGCACCAGGGAGAGAUUGUUUGAAGCCAUCUGCCGGGGGAGGUUGAGAUUCGAUGCUCCGAUGUGGGACGAUAUAAGCGACGCCGCAAAAGAUCUGGUCCAGCGGAUGCUAACCGUGGACCACACCCAGCGGAUCAACAUACAAGAAGUUCUCAACCACCGGUGGAUAAGGGACCGCGACAAGCAAAACCGCAUCCACCUGGCGGCCACAGUCGAAGAACUGAAGAAGUUCAACAGUCGCCGCCGCCUCCGCGCUGCCACUUUAGCCGCCGCACACAACGACGAGGAAGAAGACGAAGAGCAAGCGCCGAGGAGGCAGCUCAUGAUGGAGGAGGCUGCCGCUGCAGCCGUGAACUUAGUCGUGGAAUCGUUGGAUGACGUGGCAGUGUUGCAAGACGGCCCCAUGUUUAUGGAUCCGGAUUUGUUUCACAGCGUUUUGGAUGAUUUGCAACUGAGGGCGCUUUUGGAGGUCUACGACCGCAUAGCAUGCACCGUGGUGGUGACCAGCGGUCGCGCGCCGGCCGCGGACGCCCGCCAGCGAUGUCGGCAAGCGCUGGACGCGGCCGCCCGGCCGAGGCACACGGGCGCCUCCCCCGCCACCGCCACCGCCAUACACGAGACCAGGCGGCUGUUGGCCGAGCCUCAUAUCAAGGCCCUGCUGCAAGCUCACGACGUGGUCGCUCGAGAGGUGUACGGCGAGGAGUCGUUGCGGGCAUCCCCGCCGCCGGUCAACGGGCGCACCACGGCGCCCCCGCCGGAGGACGAGGACGACACCGAGCCGGAGUUCGAGAACGUGACCAGGGUGCGCCUGGUGCAAUUCCAGAAGAACACUGAUGAGCCGAUGGGCAUAACACUGAAACUGGCGGACGAUGGGCGAUGCAUCGUGGCCCGUAUCAUGCACGGCGGCAUGAUUCACCGACAGGCGACGCUGCAUGUUGGCGAUGAGAUCAGGGAGAUCAAUGGGACACCUGUUGCUAAUCAGUCUGUGGCGCAACUUCAGAGGAUGCUGCGCGAGGCUCGGGGGUCAGUGACGUUCAAGAUUGUGCCGUCAUAUCGUUCUGCACCACCGCCGUGCGAGCUUUUCCGGAUAAAGCCUUCGCCCGUGCUAAUAUUCGUAAGAGCACAAUUUGAUUACGAUCCGUUAGAAGAUGAACUGAUACCGUGCGCUCAAGCCGGUAUUGCUUUCAAUACUGGAGACAUUCUUCAGAUCAUAAGCAAAGAUGACUCUCAUUGGUGGCAAGCCCGCAAGGAUGCUUCGGGAGGAUCAGCCGGGCUGAUACCAAGUCCUGAACUUCAAGAAUGGAGGGCCGCGUGUGCCGCUGCGGAAAAGUCAGCCACCGAUCAAGUGAACUGUUCCAUUUUCGGGCGUAGUAAGAAGAAGCAAUCCAAAGACAAGUAUUUGGCCAAACAUAAUGCCGUAUUCGAUCAGCUGGACGUUGUCACGUAUGAAGAGGUCGUGAAACUACCAUCAUUCCAAAGGAAAACCAUAGUACUACUGGGCGCUCACGGUGUCGGCCGCCGUCAUAUCAAAAACACGCUGAUCGCUCGCCAUCCCGACUUGUACGCCUACCCCAUACCACAUACUACCCGACCACCACGAUCUGAUGAAGAAAACGGGAGGAACUAUUACUUCGUCAGUCAUGAUGAUAUGAUGGCUGAAAUUGGAAACCAUGAAUAUUUAGAGUAUGGUACCCACGAAGAGGCGAUGUACGGCACCAAACUUGAGACAAUCCGGCGCAUUUACUCUGAGCGGCGCAUCGCCAUCUUGGACGUGGAGCCGCAAGCGCUGAAGAUAUUGCGCACCGCCGAGUUUGCGCCGUACGUCGUGUUCAUAGCAGCCCCGCCGCUUAACAAUAUCGCUGAUUACGACGGCUCCCUCGAAGUACUAGUGCGCGAAUCGGAACAGCUUCGUCGAACCUACGGCCACUACUUCGACCUGACCAUAGUCAACAAUGACAUCGACGACACUCUAGCUCAAUUGGAAGCGGCAUUGGCCAGACUCCGCUCCACCCCACAGUGGGUUCCUGUGUCAUGGGUAUACUGACAGUCUGAUUACUAUCUGUAAACUGAUUUGGACUUUAUUGCUUUCGAGUAGAGUUGAUUUCUUAAAAACUGGCAAAGAGAGAAAGGGAGGAUAAACUAGAUGGCGCCAUCGACUUUUCAAAGCUACCUACUAUAUGUAAACUGAUGUAGACUUUAUUGCUAUAAGAAAGGGUUGAUUUCUGAAUAAUUGGGAUUGAGUUUCAAGUGAGAAUACACAAUAGAUGGCGCCAUUUCCUUGCGUCUGUUGCAGAGUUCAAAUUUGGAACGUCAUAGUCAUUACAGCGUCAUAAAAACGAUGUUCAAAUUUUUUGAGUGAGAAAACAUCUGAAUGUAAAAUGUAAUAAUGUCAUAAUCAGUACCUAUAUAAAUUCUUCAAUCUUCUUCGAACUAAGAAUAUUGACUUUUUGAAACACUGAUGGAAUGUGUUUUUAUUCACUUUAUCAUUUAGAGCUGUGACAACAGAUAUUGUUAUAAAUAAGCCUUGAUUUUCCUAUUAAGCUAAUUUCAGCUUUAAGAAAUCUUUCAAUCACUUAUAGACACGUAUAAAAAAAUUAACAGUAUUUCAAUGUACCUAAAUAUAUUUAGGACUAAUUUAUAGAAGUAAGAUACCAAUGGUAUAAACUUCAUAAAGAUGUAAUCUGAUCAUUGACUGUCAGAAUUGUUAGAAAUUAAGUAAUGGAGUUACAAUAUUAAUUACAAAAAUCGAAUUAUUAUCAUUAGUUUUAUCCGGUGUCAGUAUUGGAUCUACAGUGCUGCGAGAAAGAAUUGUUGUAACUACUUACUUGUAACUACAAUUCUCUCAUUUCAUAGUUUUUUUUAUAAAGCGGAAAUUGUUUUGCAAUAAGAAACUUUAUUUAUUUUAAGUGUAUUAAAGUUUUCAAAGUCUGUUACACUGUUCAUUUUAUCAACUUAAAAUGACAAGACUUGUACUUACUUAUAUUUUUGUUGAACUUGUAUCAUUUUAUUUCUUGUACAUAAAAGUUUAUUUAAUAAUAUGAAACAGAAAGCUUGCAUAUUGUUUGGUGCAUUUACGCUCAAUUACACUUUAUGUGCCAAAUGAUCGUCUACAAGAUUUUCGGCAAAAAAAUCUACCAUUUAAGGCACCUAGCACACGACACAUUCAUGGACUUUUUGGAAAUAUGUACAUAAUUAUACAAUUAUUUAAUAAUUAUAAUAAAAAAACUAAUUCUCUAGUUGUAAACCGUAGCUCAAAUAUUUCAAAAUUUGAAUUUAAGAACUAUUUAGUGUAUGUAAUUUGAAUCUUGUCGUUUUCCAACUACCUCCUUGUAAAUUUUGCGUCUUAUCUUUCUUACGUUCAUUACUAAUUAAGUUAAUAUCAUAUAUGUACAUUUGAUUACAAAUGUUUAAACUGUUAUUAAAAGUAAUAUUGUUUCCAAUUUCUUAUUUAAAUGGGUUUUAUUUCUAAAUAAUAAAUGUGGUAGUUGGAAAACAAUCUAAUAAUGUCACAGGAUUAGAAUCACAGGGUUGCAAAAAUAGAUUUAUCUCAAUGUUAUGUUUUUCUUUUUAAGAUUUUUAGUAUCUACUUCAAUAACUUUCUAAAUUGUAUAUGUGCUGAAAAAUGUAUACUAGAGUUGGAUGAAACAAAAACAAUCUUUAAGGAGUAUAGCCAUUUUGAGCUGUCUUUUUUUUUCAUAUUAAACGGUAUUGUUUUUUAUUCAAUAUUGGAUUCGGCAUUUGUCUUCCAUCUCACCUGAUGGUAAGUAACGAUGAAGACGAAUUGUGUUACUUUGUUAGGAAGCUUAAGUACAAUCAUUUAAUUCAAGUUAAAUCACAUCAAGAUUAUGAUACAAUUAGGAUGAUCUAAUCUGAAUAUUGACUUUUAAAAUAUCAAUGUAGUGUUGCCAUGAACGAAAACUCGAGUAAGUUGUAAAAUACUUAUUAAUAGAUUGACAUUUGCACGACAACAUUCCUGUAUUUAUAUCUAUAACUAUAAAAAAUAUUUAAAAAAAAACAAGUAGGGAAUUUUUACUAACUACCUACUUCUACUAUAUCUACUCACUGUUUCGCUAUUUUUAAUUUAUAUUAAAUGUUAGGAAAAUUUGACAUUAUCUUAAACAGAUUAUAUAUAAUAAAUCGUAAUAAUAUGUGUUUAAUUGACGCCGUGAACGGAAUACGAAAACCAAUGUAAUAUACAGUUGGUUUUCCAAUAGUAUAUUUAUUUUAAAUCAAUAAGAAAAAUGUAGUGUACCAUAUUAAUAUUAAGAAUCAUUAAAUUUUAGUUGCAUACGUAUUUUUUUUUAUUAUAAAUGAAAAACCAGCAUUGACAUCAAUGUUUUGUCAUGCUUAUAAUACUUGAUCACAUGAUAAACUAGUGCGUUAUUUUUUAUUUUCUAGAUAUCCCUCAGCAAGGAGCAUACAUAAUAGGUCCAAUCACAUGGGGCCAAUGUUCAGCUGUACGGCUUCGAUAAUCCUUGCACUUAAAUAUUCACAAUUAACUAAAAACACGUUAAUAAAGUUAGUUCCCUUUAAUUCACGACCGAAAUCUAUGCUCCUCUUUUAUUUUUGCUCACCUUAGAUUUAAUCUUAAACGAAUAUGUAUAGAUAAUAAUUGUAGCUAAAUGAAUAUUACUUAUACAACAUUGAAUUAAAUAUUAAUUAGGAAAUUAAUAUGUAUGAGAUGUGCAAAGGAAUGCGGGUAGCUGUUUGUUUCGUUAAUAAAAAAUCUUUUAUUAAUGUUGCCACAUUAAAAUAUUUACUUAAAUAAUUUCGAUGCAAUAUGAUUGUAGAUUAUUCUGUUGCUACUUUCAUAGACUUUAUUGUGCUGAAGAUGUUCAUUCCAACAUAAUUUUAAGAAAGUUUGUUAAUAAUUUUAAUAAGCAAUGAUUUGUUUUGUUUAUGUAUAUAUAUCUAUAUUCUUAGGGAAAUAAACACAUAAAAUCAAUAGGUACUUUAGUUACUUUACAUAUUUGUACGUAUCAUACUGAAUUUCUUGUUUUUAAUCACUUUUUGUGGAUGCGUUUUGAGUACAUAAGUAUAAUCAUUUAAAUAGUUACAAUUUUUUAACUGUUGUGUUUUUUUUUUUUGGUAACAUAUAAUGUCUAAGUAGAAAAUGCUUUGAAAUGUGUGUUCAGAAAGUAUUUGCAAUUAUUUUCCCUGCAUAAGUGCCGCCCUAAUCGGAUGAGUGUUACAGAGUCUAACAUAAGUUGUAAUAAUAAAGUUACUGAGAGUAUUUUUAAUGUUAAUGCAUCACGUACAUGAUACAUUCCUUUUUUAAUUUAAUUUAUGAAUAAGAUGUUGUGGCAUUAUUACUUUUGAUUAUUAAAAAGUCAUUAGAUCAAUAAAUUUGUGAUGUUUAGUUGUUUAUGAAUUCAUUAAUUUGAUAAGUAGGUCAUCUUACAAUUUAUUUCUGUCAUUUAGAUUUUUUUCUUGUGGUUUUAUGUACAAACAGACAUCACCUCUAUAUCUAUACAUUAAUUUAACUAUAGUAUAAUAAUCAAAACCGUAGAGAAAAAUGUGUAAACGUUUAAAUAUAAAAUCACAUGAAAAUAAAUAAACCUUAAGGGGUUACCAUAAAAUACCUACUAAUUUUACUCUAAUAGUAAUGACGACUCAAGCUGAUGUCAACCUAAAUGUUAAGUAAUAAAGGACAUGUCAGCUUGUUUCAAAUGUUUAACUAAAUGUCUGUUUGAUUGUAUCAGUGUAAGAGAUCGCAGAAAUGAUAUGGUUUUAUCAAGAACAAGUUAAGAUGACUGAAGUAAAAUCUUAUUAUAAUAACUGUUAAAUUGAAUAAAUCGCACAAAAAUA